AUGGCGGCCUACAUUCGCCCUUUAUCCUCUCUGGAUCUGGAUCGCUGCGCGGCGCUAGAAUCUGCUGCCUUCCCGCCGUCAGAGGCCGCGACAUACGAGAAGCUUUGUUACGGGCUGUUUCUCAGAAACCCUGACGCGACUGCGCCCGAUCCGAGCACAGUCCAGGUCCUCUCAUCUGCCGAGGCGCAGGACAAUGAGGGCAUAUUGGUUGCUCACACGAUUGCGACCAGGGCCAAGGCAACGCUCAUAGUCGACCAAGACAUGGACUAUCCCAAGGAUUGGAAGACGAACCCGAGGGCCGUGGCCGACGCCGGGCAUCAGCCAUCAGGGACCAGUGUCGCGUUGCACUCCCUGGCCGUUUCACCCGACUACCAAAGGCAGGGGCUGGGGAAGCUCCUGAUGGGAAAGUAUAUUGAGCAAGUGAAGAAACUGCAUGGAGUCGAGAGGAUUGCCAUCUUGACUUACGACAGACUGGUCCCUUACUAUGAGAAACUGGGGUUCAAGAACCAUGGCAAGAGCGCGGCUACCUACGCUGGCGUUUCGUGGUACGAUCUGACCUACGACUUUUCCUAG